CAAAAGUAAGUUUACUGAGACGAAGUUUAUAAAAACUGAUUUUCCUCAACAUCAUUCUCAACUUUCUUGUCCACUGGGUCGUGCUGACUCGUAGCGUCAAUCAAAAGGAAGGGAUAAAAUCAUUUCACCCGUGUUUGCAUAAAGUAGAAGGAACUACCUUGAAACAAGAAGUAACCUUGUGCUACCCUUGGUAAGUAUACCGAGCCUGAUAGUGCCACAAAGCUCACAUAGACUACACUCUGUGUUGUAUCCUGUUUUCCUCCUAUUGCACUUUGACCGAAGUACCAACAAAAGUGCUCAUCUUGUAAAAAAAUCAAAUUUUCACCCGCGGUAGAAAAACUCAACCAUAACUAUCUAGACGUCUCGCUGUGUAUGUAAGUGUACAUACCUCCCCGUCAAAAUAAAGUUACAACUCUCGUUCUCUCCCUGGUGGUGACAGAGAUCGCAUAGACCUCUGCCUGCUCCCCCCAAAAUUUUUGAAAUCAAGAAAACAGUUUUAGUUUGAAUUCCGCAAAGAGUCUCCCCUCGUUUUUUGCGUUUUUUGUAAAAACGUAACAACCACAAUCGAAAAUGACUGCUAUCGUGCUCGGUGGUGGUUUGUCCGGUAUGGCUGCGGCCAAUACCGUUAUGGAAAACGGCGGCAAGGUUGUGCUGCUGGACAAGUCCGCGUUCUGCGGUGGUAACUCGACCAAGGCCACCAGUGGAAUCAACGGGGCUAACACCAAGGUAUUAAUACAACACACUUGGGAUUUAUUCACUUGGAUUUUGUUCGGGAAUUUGCAUGUCUCAUUCAAACUGCAAGCUUACGCUUGCAAUUUAAGAUGUGAAACCAAGAUGAUGGAUCAAGUCUGUCAUGCCUAAACCACUUACCAAUACCACUACAGACCCAACGCGCCAAUGGAAUUGAGGAUUCCGUGGAGCUGUUUACCAACGAUUGCUUGAAGGGUGGUGCGAAGAAGCCGGAGUUGGUCAAGGUAUAAUAUGUGACUUUUGCAAUACAACUUUGAGCUCUCAUUAGUCAUAUGCAUUCCAAACUUGAACUUUUACAGAACAGCUACGACAACGCAUCAUGCAAAAUUCUGCAAUACAAAAAAAGGUCCUCGCCGAAAAUUCUGGUCCGGAUUGCGACUGGUUGAUGGACGUGUUCGGUCUGGACCUCUCUCUGGUCGCCCGUCUGGGUGGUCACUCCGCCCCGCGUACCCACCGUGGUAAGGAGCGCUUCCCGGGUAUGACCAUCACCUACGCCUUGAUCCAGAUGGUGGAAAAGAUCGCGGAGAAGACCAACGGUUCGGUGGCGAAGGUCGUCACCAAGGCCAAGGCCACGAGCCUGAUCUUCCAGGGAGGAAAAGUGAUCGGCGUCAACUACGAAAAGGGUGGCUCCAUGCUGAAGGAAAUGGGACCGGUCAUCAUCGCCACCGGCGGGUUCGGCGCCGACUUUUCCCAGGACUCUCUGCUGGCCAAGUACCGCCCGGACUUGAUGCACUUGCCCACCUCGAAUGGCGAGCACUGCACCGGUAGUUUAGAUUUCUAGCUCGUCUGCUGUACAACCUUAAGAGAAUGAUGAUCGUUAUUUUUGAAGAUGGGUGUUCAUCUACUGCUCAUCCUAGUAGAAUAAAAACAAAACCAUCAAAUCCGCAGGUGACGGUAUCAAGAUGGGUGAAGCCAUUGGUGCGCGGACCAUCGAUCUGGAGUGGGUGCAGGUCCACCCGACCGGUUUGGUGAACCCCAAGGAUCCGGAUGCGAAGGUGAAGUUCUUGGCCGCCGAGGCGCUGCGUGGUGUCGGUGGUUUGAUCUUCGAUGCAGAUGGCAACCGGUUCGCCAACGAGUUGGGUCGCCGCGACUACGUCACCGGAGAGAUGUGGAAGAACAAGGGACCCUUCCGUCUGUGCUUGAACAAGGUAAAACUGUAAAUACAUUUUAUGUGCAAUUUGCGGGCAUGCAUGAUCAGUGCCUCUCCAUUAACAGUCAGAAAAAUGCCAUCACGCUUGAACACCUCUCUCCAAAAACACAAGCGUAGUAAACAUCAAAACCACCUCCAACUAAAACCUCAGGCUGCCUCCGAAGAAAUCAUCUGGCACUGCAAGCACUACACCGGGCGUGGCGUGAUGAAGUUCUACGAAUCUGGUGCCGCUCUCGCGAAGGACCUCGGUGUUCCGGUGGAGCGCAUGGCUGCCGCGCAUGAGGCCCACUACCAGGCUGCGUUGAAGAUGGAGAAGGACCCGGAUGGUGGCCCGUUCCCGGCCUACCCCAGCGGCAAGACCUGGGACGAGCCGUCCGGCAAGACCGGGUCGGGGAAGAAGUUCUUCCACAACAUCAUCCCGGGCUCGCAGUUCGCCUCCGAACCGUUUUACGUCGCGAUCAUCACCCCGAUCAUCCACUACUGUAUUCGUUUUAUCUUUUUGAUAAAUCUAUAAGCUGUAGUUUCUUGCUUUGCAGGGGUCUACUGAGUUGUUGUGUGAAUCGCUGACGCUAGUAGCUUCAGAUCAUUCUUGUGAAGAUCCUUUCACCAAGAAGCGGGAGUUUCUGUCCGAGAUGUUUUUAAAAAAAUGUCAGGUAUGGGCGGUUUGGAAAUCACGACGUCCUCCGAGGUGGUUGGCGCGGGCGGAAAAGUCAUCCCGGGUCUGUACGCGGCCGGCGAGGUGAUGGGCGGCGUCCACGGAAACAACCGGUUGGGCGGCAACUCGUUGCUGGACUGCGUCGUGUACGGUCGCGUGGCCGGCAAGGCGUGCUCGCAGUACAUGCUCGGCGCCGCCAUGAAGAAGACGUCGCUGAUGGAGUUGUCGGGCGGCGGCAUUUAUCCCGUGAAAAAGUAUCGUACUCGUUGUACUCAUUCAUUGCAGUCAUGCAUGGCAAAUGUUUUUUCUAGGCUAAAUUAGCAUUACAGACUGCAGGAGCUGCACUGCAAAUGAUCACGCUGACAAAAUAAUUUGUGACGCAAUUCUCACUACCACUAGUACGAUACUUUUGCAAUGCAUAGCAUCGCGGGCGGCGGCACCCAGAAGUCUGCUCUGUCCGGUGGGAGCUACGAGGACGCCCCGGGCGCUCCGACCGAGGGUAACUCCAAGUUGACCUUGGAAGAGGUCGCGAAGCACAUAUCGAAUGCAAAUAUGUUUUCCCAGUCUGGAACACGUGAACUUGUUGUAUUGCGUGUCUUACAUUUGUUCUGGAUGAAAAGUUGUAUUGCAUGACCGACAAGAGCAGCGGAGCUUCUGUUUGCAAUUGAAAUUAUGCGUAUUGCCACGCAUAAGCGAGCGUGGAAAACACUUGUCAUGCUCGGAUGCUGCGAUUGGAAAUGCAAGUGUUUGUCUCAUUCACGGUUCUGCAUCACAAGCUUCCAAACUGAGACAUUUUUGCAGUCGAUACCCCACCACCAAGGACGACUGCUGGGUUGUGGUGAACGGACAGGUGCUGGAUGUGACCAAGUUUCUCCCCGACCACCCCGGGGGCGCGCUGGCCAUCCUGACCUUCGCCGGAAAGGAUGCAACCGAGGAGUUCAACAUGAUCCACCCGGCGGACGUGAUCCAGAAGUACGCCCCGGACGCGGUAUUGGGUCCCUUGGCCGGCUCCGCGCAGAAGGCAACAGCGGCGGUUGCCACCACCGGUGCUGUGGCCGAGACCGCAAAGCCCGGCAAGGUGCCCAAUGGCUUGGCGGCGCUUACCCUCGCGAAUAUGGUCGAGUUGAUCUGCUGCAAGCCCUACGGGUUCUACAAGUAAUCGAAGAACAGGUCGUGAAAGAAUUUUUACGAAUGGGUUUUCUGCUACAAAGAUUACGAAAUAACAAUGGCCAUGUGCAUAACUUCGAAGUAAGAAAAGCAAGUUUUGACAAAUCCAAACUUUUCGGAAAAAUGCGGGCGGACUGUAGGAUGUUACGUUUUCCUCCCCAGGUAUCUGAUGAUGAAAUCUGGGUACUUACAAAUAACGGAGAACAGUCGAUCUUUGACUUCUAUGCGACCGGCGAAAAAUUCAACCUGUAAUAUACACUUUAUUUUCCACAGUGGAAAUUAAGAUUUCCAUUUUAAUUACCAUCAAUCUCGUUUGUUUUGGGUUUUGAAGUCGAAUGUUUCUAUUUCUUUCUUAACUGUUACUAGAGUUCUGAUGUUCAUCUCUCCAUCGGAGAGUGAACAAGAACGACGAGGAGGAUCAUGCAGGAGAACCUGUAGAAUAACACAAUGGACGACGAGAAAAAGGUCCGCAUUUUUGCGUGGCCUACUUCUGUUGAAAUUUUCAGAUUUUCUUCUAGCCGUCGUGUGAGUGUCCAAAAGUAUCUAUUCCGAGAACUACGAAAAAAGCACAAGGAGCUUUUAUUAAGUACUGCGGUGAGGACAGAUAAACAUAAAGUUACUCAGAUUCAUUACCAUUACUACUAGACAGACUCCACUUCUAGCACGUUGUGCAGGCAAUUAUUGUCAUUUUAAUAUUUUCGUCAAGUGCUAGUCAAGAUUGAGAAGCAGACAUUCUCGUUCAGCAAAACAAGAAGUAUCAUAAGUAGAUACUGUGUUUAGAAGAAAUUAGUCCUCUAUACCAAAGAAUUUACCCGAUAAUAAGUAUAUAGAAGAGUCAGUGGCAGAAGAAGUCUUCAGAUACUUCUAACAGUGUCCGACUAGUAAGAGUCUAGCUUCAUCUUCGCCUAUUCUACUCCUGGGAGAAAAACUUUUAUAAAUAAGGAAAAGAUUGUAGCUGCUACUUGCUAGUAAAGUAUGUUUAGAUGCAGUGGCAUCUUCGAAGGAUGAUUCACAUCUGGAUCUACUUCCCCACUCGACAAAAAUCGUAAGUUUCAGAUAGGCUUUGUGCAAGAAAUUUGGUGGCUUUUUUUUGCGAGUGUUCCUCCGAAACAAACAACGUCAAUAUGCUCGCAAAUACUCGGUUUGGUGUUUUAUUUGUUGCAUCGAGAGAGUCUUGGGACUCGACUACAACAUCUGUAUCUGCAUUUCGUGAGAGAGAGGGAGAGGGAGUGCAUUUUUUUACGAAGAUUGGUAAUGUGGAC